AUGACGCAGAUCGACGAAUCCACGUCUCUCUCCAUCCAGGUCAAGCUUCACAAGGAUGACCUCAAGUAUCCGGCCAAGACCCAUGCCCACAAGGUCAAGAGAGAGCUCGCUGCCUCCGACUCGUCCUCGACCAGAGGCUUGAUUUACCUUCCUGGCCAGAACUCUGCGCAGUAUGAGGACACAGAUGGUGAGAGACCAUUUAGACAGCGCAGAUACGCAUUCUAUCUCUCCGGUGCAGACUUCCCCGGGUGUGCUGUCACAUAUGACAUCGCAAGGGACGUACUCACCCUCUGGAUCCCAAUCAGGAAGCCCGAGCAGAUCAUUUGGUUCGGCGCUCUGCCCAGCAUAGAAGAAUGUACCGCUCGAUUCGACGUCGACUCUGUCAAGGACAUCACUGGCCUGCAGCCGUACCUCAAAGAAACUCUGACCGCCGACACGACUCUCUACGUCCUGCAUGAAAGCCAGACGCCACCCCGUCCAUACGGCCCGGCAUCUGGCUUUACUGUUGACUACUCGGCUUUGCAGCCCGCCAUGGACCUGGCCAGGGCUGUCAAGUCCGAUUAUGAGAUUGCCCAGAUUCGCGAGGCCAACUACAUAUCGUCAGAGGCUCACCGUCACGUCCAGCAGCACAUUAAAUCCUUGACCAGCGAGGCCCAAGUCGAGAACUUAUUUAUCGCCAAAUGCCGUGAACUCGGGGCUAAGAAACAGGCCUAUCCUGUGAUCGCCGGAUCUGGGCCCAACGCUGCCACCUUGCACUAUGGCGCCAACAACCAGGACUUUGACAAUAGGCAGCUCAUGGUCCUUGACGCCGGAGCUGAGUACGGAUGCUACGCUUCCGACGUCACUCGGACCUUCCCGCUCAAUGGAAAGUUCACUUCUGAGGCGAAGGAGGUGUAUGCUAUCGUGGAGAAGAUGCAGGACACCUGUAUCUCAUUGAUCAAACCCGGCGCGUCGUGGGCGACCAUCACGAACAAGGCCCAGCUGGUCGCCUUAGACGGACUGAAAGGGUUGGGCAUCAUCACCGGUAAUGAGCCUGCCUUGACACUCAGGGCUGUCAGGGCUUUCUUCAUGCACGGGCUCGGACACCUGGUUGGUCUGGACACCCACGACGUUAUUGGUGGAGUUCAUAUUCAUAGCAUGCUGCGAGGAAAAGCAUGGAGUCUGGACAAAAUGGAUUCUCUCGCUGGAGCUCAUCCUAGAGGGCGAUAUUCUGCUGAGGGGCACCGGGCCGGACACUAUCAGGGAGGAGGCGAUCGUUUUUCGCCACCCCUAGAGAAAGACAUGGUCAUUACCUGUGAACCAGGUCUCUAUUUCAACCGGGCCUACAUUGAGUGGUUCCUCGCUGGCAAUCCCGAUGUGGCCCCGUAUGUCGACAAGAAUGCACUGGAAAAAUACUACCCGGUCUGUGGGUGCCGGAUCGAGGAUUGUAUCCUGGUAACAGACGAUGGAUACGAGAACUUGACCACGGCGCCGAAGGGAGAGGAGAUGCUGAGGGUGGUUAAUGGAAAAUAG